AGCUAACUUCACGCUGACCAGCUAAUCGGCCAGUAAGCAUUUCUGGAGAUUUUCACAGAAUUUGCAACAUUUGCAAGUCAGUCAGAGGCAAAAGUCCACAGCUGGGUUGACAGCCGGGUUGCGCCACAUCACUUCAAACAUGACAAAGCACGAGUUUGAGGUGGAGAUGACCUGUGAGGGAUGCUCUGGAGCUGUUACCAGAAUCCUCAACAAGCUGGAAGAUGUGAAGUUUGAGAUCGACCUGCCGAAGAAACUGGUUUGGAUCGAGUCCGACAGAGAUGUGGAAGUUCUCAUGGAGACACUGAAGAAAUGUGGCAAGGAAGUCAAGUACAAUGGCACUAAAUGAAGGAGUCUGCUUCAUGAGAACAGGAAAUCAUUUCUACUGAUGCAAAGUAAAGGCUUAUCCUGGAAUUAAAACUCUACCUGUCAGGAAGAGUCUGAUGGAUCCUACUGACCCCCCUUAGGUGCCAAGCUGCCUACACGCACAAAAAUCCCCUUGGAUGCAGAUCUUCUCUCUGUUUUGUGAUUUACAAGGUCAAAACCGGCAAACAUCUUUGGAGAAUGACAACAAGCCCAAACAUCAUGAUGUUAGCACUGUGCUUGGCAUCCUCUCAUUGCGUUUGUCUUCCAUGUGAUGGAGGAAGAGGUGAUGAUGAUGUCGUUUCUCCUCCAACACAAUGGCCUGGCCUGGAUAAUCACUCAACAAGCCCUCUUCAGUUUCCCCUAUUCAGUACACCGACUGACGUACCUGUAUUUUGAGAAGAAAAAUUGAAAUCACAGCUUCUCUACGUCUUUAAAUUUCCUGAAGUGGCUGUAAUGUUUUAUGUUUUGUAUUGGACAAGGCAGGGCUGCACAAAGACAUCAUAUACGCUCUUGAAUAUGAACUCAAGAUGUAAAAUCAAAAACAUCAGAACAUGCAGCCCGAUACUUGAAGCAUUGUUACCAUUUUCAUGUAAUUAUAUUUGUAACCGUAAAACUUCCAAACAAGACACAAGCUAACUUCCUUUGACACAAUUGAAGUACAUUCCCUGGAUUGUAAAACACGCCAACUAUUGUCCACGUUAACUGAACCAUUACUCAGUGUUGUUGCAUUUGCUGGAUUUAACAUACUGAAAAGUCAUCCUUGUAUGAACGUGUCUGUAGAUCUGCAUCAAGAAGGAAACCCAGUCUGUCUCUCUCCCCUUCAGGGACCAUCUGCUGGACUUGAUGUUGUAAAGCUGCUUCCUUCCAUUGCCACAGUUAACACUACAAUAACCCGCUGACACCACAGGUCAAAUAUAUCACAUUUAUUGAUAUUUACUUACAGAUAUCUUUGUUUUCUCUCAACAACGUCAAGUCCGUGUUGUAAUUCACUCUGUCUUUGUGUUACUUUGUGGAAAAAAUAACCACCUGCCCUGAGCUUUUGUCUGUCUGUUGUGUGCAUACUGGGGAAAUAAAAUCCGUUCUG